AUGAAUGCCAUUGGGGCGGCGGGGCUGCAGCUUUACCGCUACGGCGAGGCCAUCAGCAUAGUGUUCUUCACAGAGACCUGGAGACCCGACAGUUUCUAUGACCGCAUUGCCGCCAACAAGAAGCUUGGGCUGCAUACCCUGUGCCUCCUGGACAUCAAGGUGAAGGAGCCAUCCUUGGAAGCCUUGUGUCGAGGCAAGAAGAUCUAUGAGCCGCCACGUUUCAUGACCAUCAACACCGCCGUCGAGCAGCUGCUGGAGAUUGAGGCGAACAGGGGCGAGGGCGCCUGCACCCCGGAAAGCAAGGCAGUGGGAGUGGCACGCAUUGGGGCCGACUCCCAGCAGAUCGUCGCCGGCACGCUGGCGGAGCUAGUGGAGGUGGACUUUGGGGCGCCCUUGCACUCCCUUAUCCUGGCAGGGGAGAUGCACCAUAUAGAGUUGGAGGCAUGGGAGCGGCACCGGUUGUGA